AUGAAUUCUCCGGGCGGACGAGGGAAGAAGAAAGGCUGCGGCGGCCCCAGCAGCGCGGUGCCUUCCAGGCCUCCGCCCCCCUGCCUGGCCCCCGCCCCUUCCGCAGCCGGGCCGGCCCCUUCGCCCCGGUCGCCGCAUAAACGGAACCUGUACUACUUCUCCUAUCCGCUGAUCGUGGGCUUCGCGCUGCUGCGCUUGGUUGCCUUCCAUCUGGGGCUCCUCUUCGUGUGGCUCUGCCAGCGCUUCUCCCGCGCCCUCAUGGCCGCCAAGAGGAGCUCCCGGGCCGCGCCGGCGCCAGCCCCGGCCUCGCCCCCGGCCCCGGGACCCGGCGGGGAGGCCGACCGUGUCCGAGACUUCCACAAGCAGGCCUUCGAGUACAUCUCCAUCGCCCUGCGCAUCGAUGAGGACGAGAAAGCAGGACAAAAGGAGCAAGCUGUGGAAUGGUAUAAGAAAGGCAUUGAAGAACUAGAAAAAGGCAUAGCAGUCAUAGUUACUGGACAAGGCGAACAGUGUGAAAGAGCUAGACGACUUCAAGCUAAAAUGAUGACUAAUUUGGUUAUGGCCAAGGACCGUUUACAACUUCUAGAGAAGCUGCAACCAGUUUUGCAAUUUUCCAAGUCACAAACGGAUGUAUAUAAUGACAGUACUAAUUUGACAUGUCGCAAUGGACACCUCCAGUCAGAAAGCGGAGCUGUUCCAAAGAGAAAAGAUCCCUUAACACACCCUAGUAAUUCACUGCCUCGUUCAAAAACAGUCAUGAAAACUGGAUCCACAGGUCUUUCAGGUCACCACAGAGCACCGAGUUACAGUGGGUUAUCUAUGGUUUCAGGAGUGAGACAAGGUCCUACUCCUGCCACAAGUCAUAAGGGUACGCCGAAAACAAAUAGAACAAAUAAACCUUCUACUCCUACAACUGCUUCUCACAGAAAGAAAGACUUGAAGAAUUUUAGAAAUGUGGACAGCAACCUUGCAAAUCUAAUAAUGAAUGAAAUUGUUGAUAAUGGAACAGCUGUUAAAUUUGAUGACAUAGCUGGGCAAGAAUUGGCAAAACAGGCAUUACAAGAAAUUGUUAUUCUUCCUUCUCUGAGGCCUGAGUUGUUCACAGGACUGAGAGCUCCUGCCAGAGGAUUGUUACUCUUUGGUCCACCUGGAAAUGGAAAAACAAUGCUGGCAAAAGCUGUAGCUGCAGAGUCCAAUGCAACUUUCUUUAACAUAAGUGCUGCAAGUUUAACAUCAAAAUAUGUAGGAGAAGGAGAGAAAUUGGUGAGAGCUCUUUUUGCUGUGGCUCGAGAACUUCAGCCUUCUAUCAUUUUUAUAGAUGAAGUUGACAGCCUUUUGUGUGAAAGAAGAGAAGGUGAACAUGAUGCGAGUAGACGUUUAAAAACAGAAUUUCUAAUAGAAUUUGAUGGUGUACAGUCAGCUGGAGAUGACAGAGUACUUGUAAUGGGUGCAACUAACAGACCACAAGAGCUUGAUGAUGCUGUUCUCAGGCGUUUUAUCAAACGGGUAUAUGUGUCUUUACCAAAUGAGGAGACAAGGCUACUUUUACUUAAAAAUCUGUUAUGUAAGCAAGGAAGCCCAUUGACCCAAAAAGAACUAGCACAACUGGCUAGAAUGACUGAUGGAUACUCAGGAAGUGAUCUAACAGCUUUGGCAAAAGAUGCAGCACUAGGUCCUAUCCGAGAAUUGAAACCAGAACAGGUGAAGAAUAUGUCAGCCAGUGAGAUGAGAAAUAUUCGAUUAUCAGAUUUCACAGAGUCCUUGAAAAAGAUAAAACGCAGCGUGAGCCCUCAAACCUUAGAAGCAUACAUACGUUGGAACAAGGAUUUUGGAGAUACUACAGUUUAA